UGUCAACACUCAUCGGUGAUAGUUUGCACUCGAAAGCAGCAGUAACUUUGUCCGUUUUAAUCUUUCCUCCUGUAUAUGGCGAGAAAAGAGCUGGAUCUGUUCCCUUUCAAGCGGCACGAUAAACUCGAUUUCUUUCUGAAAAGACACUUGGACGAGAGCGUCUUCAAUAAGAUCCGAAUGUACGAAGCGUGCAUCGUAGUGACAGAGAAGAAGCACAAGAAAACCUUCGACUUUGUCAUCCUUACCGACGAAUGCAUUUAUUUGACGCAAAACCCACCCAAGACCAUCCACGAGGCCGUACAUCUCGGCGACGUUGUUGCCAUUGAGCUGGUCGACGAUUACCCUGACUUUCUGAGUGGCCGAGACCGUGAAUCUGCACAACAUAUCCGCAUCAGUUCCAUUGCACGGACAGCAAAGAAACAACACAAAACAGCGGCCAGCAGCAGCAAAUACAAACCUGCUCGUAUCGGUGGCAGAAGGAAGUUUGGCCAUGAGGAAGUUGAGACAAACCUCAGCAGCCCGGGUAAACUCAACCCCAAGCAGGACAAGCCUCUGAGGGAAUUCUCUCUCGGGAAGGGUGCAGCCUUUGCCGUGGAGUCCAAUCCUGGAGUGACCUGUGCAGCCCCGUGCCCACCUCCCGACCUGAAGAAUCUGAAACUGUCCGAGAGGCGCAAAGAGGAGCGUCCGGUGCCCAGUUCCGCGAGUGCCCGUCCACUGCCGGUCCCUCCGAGGGAAAGGCCGGCCGGCUGCCUGGCGUCGAAUGCGUCAGCUGAGAACCCGGCUCCGGUGGAACUGCUCCCAGCCAAUCGAUGUCUUAGCCAGCGAAAGGAGCAGCAACUCGAUAUAUGUGACUCCACCCCCGAUGCAGAAAAGAGGAUAAACAGCCAAUCGGUUGAAAGGGAACUGGAGCUCCAUCUUUACAUCAUCUCCAUGUCUUCUCUCAUAUUUCUCCAUUUAAAAAGUGCGUGGAACAAUUUUAUGAUACAGUCGACGCUGAUGCAGGACCCAGCCUACGCCCAAGUGAGUGCUUCAGCAUCUCCCGCCCGAGGUCCCAAGGCACACAGUUCAGAGGGGAUUAAUAAACUCUUCAAUCAACUGGGCUCAGAACUGCUUCACGGAAGCAGCACGUUGGCGAGGACCUGCUCCCUGUUGAGGGAGCUGAAAGCCGCGGCCCUCAGGAGCUUCACCAUCAAAAAACUCUUCUGGAAAUCAAACGACUUCUACCCCUUUCUGGUUGGAAAACUUCAGCAACAUUUGCCAAGUUUGCAGGAUUUGAGCCACCAGCAAGACGAGAGGAAAACCAAAGAGAACCUACAGUUUUGUACUUUGAUCGUGGAGACAUUGGGUGUAAUGUUCAGGGAAACAGAGACUGAACCAACACGCCUGGCGCUUCUCAAUGCCGAGCGGGGCCUCCUGGUUGUCAACCUGUUGAAGAUCUUAAUCAACGGGCCUCAGGUCUCCAAGGACUGUGCCGCGGAUGGUGACGGGCCGCCCUUCGGGUGUGUGAUCGCGGCCGCGCCUCAGAGCGAGGAGUUGCAGAAGCUGCUGCUGGAGUAUAAUGACGCAGUGGUAUCGGCUCUGUAUGAAAUCUUCCUCAUUACACACCAAGGAAGCUGGGGUUCAGGCUCAGGAAACGUGAUGACAGUGGGAUGGUUAAUGGCCGCUCUGCAGGGACUUCCAGCCACGUUCUUUUUCAUCGACCACAUGAUGAAACGCAUCAUUAGGAUGGUUCUGCCUCCGGUUCAUCUCGUGAGCCCCACCCAGGCUUUGCUGCUUUUCCAGCGGCUCUACGUCCUGAACACCUGCCUUCAGUACGGCAGUAGGCUGGCAGAGCACAUCAGGACUAAAUACUGCGAGGAGUUCAGGUAUUAUAUCCAGAAGGCCACGGUGGAAGCAAUGCUCCCAGUCCAUUAUGCCGUCUCACAGCCUGCAAUCAGACUCCUCCAACAAGUACUUGGCUGCAUCCUGCAAAAGCCCAUCUAAACAUCCGCGUCUCCAGGAGGAUUAAAGUAAUGUUGGUUGUGUGGACCAAGAACUGAAGUGUCAAACCAGCUUUAUCCACAAAGAUGCUAUACACUGUAUAUUAUUACUUAGUUUCUUUGGCUUUAAAAUUAUAUGUUGAUGCAAUUUUGAAGUUCCAUCUG